AUGACGUUAAAGACUUUAGAAGCAAACAAUAUAUCACAUUGUAUUGCCUCCGUCUUAUUCCCAAUUUCAAUCUUAAUCGUUCGAUACUGGAAGCAUCAUAAUCUACAUCUUAAAGCUCAUCGGUUUAUACAAUUGGUGGGCGGUAUUUCUGCUUCGGCAUUUGGUUCUGCUGCUAUUUCUACAGUGGUGGCAACACAAACGCCACACGCUUGCGACUCAUUUGUAUGGAAAAUUGCAUAUAUAUGUUGGAUAGCAAUAAUACUUAAUUGUUUCUUAAUCUGUGAACUUUGGUGGCAUUUUGAAGCAUUGGUUUGCCGAUUCCUUUGUAUUAAAUAUGAGACAGUUACCGACAAAAAUCUGAUGCGUACUAGUGAUGAAGAUUAUGUUAAAUUACCAGAAUUUACUUGGGAAGAAAUUAAUGAACGAGUUCAACGUGGUGCAUAUUUGGUAGUUUGUGAUGGACUUGUAGUAGACAUCCGCAGUUUUUUUGAUUCUCAUCCAGAAGCUUUAUUAAUUCCAAAAGAUAUAGAUUAUAAAAAUUAUACAUCUGUGAUUGCAAAACAUAUAAAUCACCUUCAAGGAAAACAAAAACCUCGAAGAAGACUGACAGUUGCCAAAUUUAUUGAUAACAUUAAUGUAAAAUUUUAUUCAAGAGAACCAUUAGCACAACAUGCUCAUAGUAGACUUGCUAUACAGAAAAUGAUGUCAAUGGUUAUAGGAAGAGUAUAUGAAAAAGUGAAUGAAAAAGGACAUUUAACUCCAAAAUCUUCUUAUCAGUAUUUAGAAAACAAUCCUCCUGUUGAAAUAGACACAAUAAGUAUUAAAUUUCACCGUUAUAGGCUUACAAGCAAAAAAAUGAUUAAUGCAAAUAUCGAAUAUCCUGUGAUGAAGUUUACAUUUUCCAAAAUACAUCAAGUCGAAAAAGAUGUUUACGCUGAAAAAUUCUUACCUGGACAUUAUAUUGAGGUGCAAUCUAGAGUAAAUGGUCAAAUUGUGAUUAGAAGCUACACUCCUUUGGAAGGUAGCUUAUCUAAAUCAUUUACCAUUUAUGUUAAAAUUUAUCCAAGGGGGCUCUUUUCUCAACAUUUGAAUGAACAGUUAAUAGGGUGUGAAAUUCAAGCACGUGGUCCAUUUGAUGCUUAUGAUAGAGGCAGGGCAUAUUUGUCACCUACACUAACAGAGCCGUUAUCGUCUCGUCAGAGACUUACUGGGAUGUUGCCUACGAAAAAAUCUUCUUUAUUAAAUCCGGACAGUCCGGAUGGUUGUUGGGAUGAAUUAUAUAUGAUUGCAGGUGGUACCGGAAUAACACCGAUGUUACAGUUAAUCAAGUAUCAUUUGGAACGGUCGAUGAAACAAAAAAACGAUAUCAAUGAAAAUGUUAAUUACAAACGAAUGCAUUUAUUAUUUGGGAACCGUAAAAUUGAAGAUGUUAUCGAUGGUAUAUUGCUUGAAGAUCUUGUACUUUCAAGUCAAGGACAAUUAACUAUAACAUACUGUCUCUCAGAGCCUCCCCCAGAUUGGGAUGGCUUGCAAGGAAGAAUUAAGAAACAAAUAAUACAAGAUUGGAUGAAUAUGACGCAGGGUAUAUUCCUCCAGUCUCCUAAUAAAUCUCAGAUAAACAUUCUUCAUAAUCAUUCUAUACGUCGUGCUGUAAAAAAUGAACAUAGCUGGAGUCAUUCACCAACAUUAAAGCCUCAACCACCAUUCAUGCGGUCACAUGACGUUUCACCAACAUUAAUGCCUCAACCACCAUUCAUGCAGUCACAUGAAAUUUCUCCAUUGUUGCAAUACAAGUCUUCAAGCGUACACACUCUUUCUAGAGAAUCGAGUGCACCACUCACGCAACUUGAUAAUCAAAAAUAUGAAAAUCAUAUAAAUGAUAUGGGACCUUACCCAGAAUCGGAAGCGUCAACAAAAAAAUCAAGAGCACUUAGCAUUGAUCCAGAUUUAGCAAAUUCAGAAAUAAGUGAUAAUUUGAUGCAAGGAAAAGUUAUCGUUAGUGGUCCAUCUGGUAUGUUAGUUACUGUUGAACAAGAACUACUUGAGAUGGGAUUCAAUGAGGAAGAAAUGAUUAUAUUGUAUUAG